AUGCUCAAUGCCAGCGGCGCACAAUGCAAAUUACUAGGAAAGCAAGGUUAGUUAACAAUGGGUUAUUCAUUAAUUGUUAAUAUUAGAAACUGUAACAAAGUGACAGGGACUGAAUCAUUGAAAACCACCUGGAACUUGGAUUAACCUUUCAUCUUGUGAUGCUCCAUUCUCUUUUAAAAUGAUAUUAAAGAUUUAUAAUGACAUCACAAUCCAGUUCCAGUCAGGGUACGCAUCGCAUCGGAAGAAACGAAAUAGAAACAUUUUCUCUCUAUACUGACUGCCAGGUGUAAAGGGCGGAGCUUAUAACAAUGAUUGACAGGGAGCUAAGAUGGAGGCGGCUCUCUCUAUACUGACUGCCGGGUGUAAAGGGCGGAGCUUAUAACAAUGAUUGACAGGGAGCUAAGAUGGAGGCGGCUCUCUCUAUACUGACUGCCAGGUGUAAAGGGCGGAGCUUAUAACAAUGAUUGACAGGGAGCUAAGAUGGAAGCGGCUCUCUCUAUACUGAUGUGAUGUCAUCCAAUAGAACUGUCAGUACUUGAAGGGUUACGCCAACCACCAUGACCACUUAUGCUCUUUUAAGUGGUUAUGGUGGUUGGAAUCUGUAUGUAAAGAAUUUCUGCGUGAAACAUACAGAGAUAUUUGCACGUUUGCACUAGGGACUAGUUACAAAAAAUGAUGUUUGUUACCUGUGUGACUGCGCGCUCAGAACAGACGUUAUCACCUUCCACUCUUGUAGGCUGCGCAGGGAGCUCACAUUCCUAAUAUUGGUGCUUUAUUAUUUUUAUUCCCCUCCGCCUUCCUUGUGCACACCUGUCUCCAGCCAUCCCCGUCCCGGCUCAGAGUGCUCAGAGUGCGAGUAUGUUUGUUUUUUAUUUGUAAUUCUGAAUUCCUCCUGUGGAGACAAUAAAAAUGAUCGAUGGUUAGGGCAAGCGAAGACUGACCAAAAGAAGGAAAAAGAAGGAGCAGUAAAAACAAUCGAUAUUUGUUUAAUAAUAUAUUAUUUAGUUAAUAAAUAUAUAAUAUAUAAACAUGGACUGUUUUACUCCUCCUUCUGUUUUCCCUCACUUGAUCUGUGAACCAAAUGGUGACAAAGUGUUUAUAGUGUGUACACUGAUUGGCCAAUUAUGGCACCUUGUUUGUUUUGUCCAAUUUGUCUUCCAAAUCUUUUUUUUUUUUUUUAACUCAUUACAUACCUCCCAACAGAGAAGGACACUUUAAUUGUAUGGGUGGAGUGUGAUCAGGAGAAAUUCUGAGACAUUUUAGGUGGCUUACUAAUAACAAUUAAUGCAACUAAAAUAUAAAUUAUGACAUAAAUGUAUAAUUUAUAAAAAGAACAAUGUAUCUUAUUUACACAGACUGAUUUCUAAGCACAUUUACUGUAGUUUAAAGAUACAUUACUGGGAGUAUUAUUGCUGUGGAGCUCUGUUAUACACUCAGACACAUUACUGGGAGUAUUAUUGCUGUGGAGCUCUGUUAUACACUCAGACACAUUACUGGGAGUAUUAUUACUGUGGAGCUCUUUUAUACAGUAAGACACAUUACUGGGAGUAUUAUUGCUGUGGAGCUCUGUUAUACACUCAGACACAUUACUGGGAAUAUUAUUGCUGGGGAGCUCUGUUAUACACUCAGACACAUUACUGGGAGUAUUAUUGCUGUGGAGCUCUGUUAUACACUCAGACACAUUACUGGGAGUAUUAUUGCUGUUGAGCUCUGUUAUAUACCCAGACACAUUACUGGGAGUAUUAUUGCUGUGGAGCUCUGUUAUACACUCAGACACAUUACUGGGAGUAUUAUUGCUGUGGAGCUCUGUUAUACACUCACACAUUAGUGGGAGUAUUAUUACUGUGGAGCUCUGUUAUACACUCACACAUUACUGGGAGUAUUAUUACUGUGGAGCUCUGUUAUACACUCAGACACAUUACUGGGAGUAUUAUUGCUGUGGAGCUCUGUUACACACUCAGACACAUUACUGGGAGUAUUAUCGCUGUGGAGCUCUGUUAUACACUCAGACACAUUACUGGGAGUAUUAUUGCUGUGGAACUCUGUUAUACACUCACACACAUUACUGGGAGUAUUAUUGCUGUGGAGCUCUGUUAUACACUCAGGCACAUUACUGGGAGUAUUAUUGCUGUGGGCUCUGUUAUACACUCAGACACAUUACUGGGAGUAUUAUUACUGUGGGGCUCUGUUAUACACUCAGACACAUUACUGGGAGUAUUAUUGCUGUGUGGCUCUGUUAUACACUAAGACACAUUACUGGGAGUAUUAUUGCUGUGGAACUCUGUUAUACACUCAGACACAUUACUGGGAGUAUUAUUGCUGUGGAGCUCUGUUAUACACUCACUCACAUUACUGGGAGUAUUAUUGCUGUGGAGCUCUGUUAUACACUCACACACAUUACUGGGAGUAUUAUUGCUGUGGAGCUCUGUUAUACACUCACACACAUUACUGGGAGUAUUAUUGCUGUGGAGCUCUGGUAUACAUUCAGACACAUUACUGGGAGUAUUAUUGCUGUGGAGCUCUGUUAUACACUCAGACACAUUACUGGGAGUAUUAUUGCUGUGGAGCUCUGUUAUACACUCGGACACAUUACUGGGAGUAUUAUUACUGUGGAGCUCUGUUAUACACUCAGACAUUACUGGGAGUAUUAUUGCUGUUGAGCUCUGUUAUACACUCAGACACAUUACUGGGAGUAUUAUUGCUGUUGAGCUCUGUUAUACACUCAGACACAUUACUGGGAGUAUUAUUGCUGUGGAGCUCUGUUAUAUACUCAGACACAUUACUGGGAGUAUUAUUGCUGUGGAGCUUUGUUAUACACUCAGACACAUUACUGGGAGUAUUAUUGCUGCGGAGCUCUGUUAUACACUCAGACACAUUACUGGGAGUAUUAUUGCUGUGGAGCUCUGUGAUACACUCAGACACAUUACUGGGAGUAUUAUUGCUGUUACUGGGAGUAUUAUUGCUGUGGAGCUCUGUUAUACACUCGGACACAUUACUGGGAGUAUUAUUGCUGUGGAGCUCUGUUAUACACUCAGACACAUUACUGGUAUUAUUGCUAUCUGUUAUACACUCAGACACAUUACUGGGAGUGCUGUGGAGCUCUGUUAUACACUCGACACAUUACUGGGAGUAUUAUUGCUGUGGAGCUCUGUUAUACACUCAGACACAUUACUGCUGUGGAGCUCUGUUAUUAGACACAUUACUGCUGUGGAGCUCUGUUAUACACUCAGACACAUUACUGGGAGUAUUAUUGCUGUGGAGCUCUGUUAUACACUCAGACACAUUACUGGGAGUAUUAUUGCUGUGGAGCUCUGUUAUGCACUCAGACACAUUACUGGGAGUAUUAUUGCUGUGGAGCUAUUAUUAUACUCAGACACACACUACUGAGUAUUAUUGCUGUGGAGCUCUGUUAUUAUACUCAGACACAUUACUGGGAGUAUUAUUGCUGUGGAGCUCUGUUAAGCUCUGUUAUACACUCAGACCCAGUAUUAUUGCUGGGAGUAUUAUUGCUGUGGAGCUCUGUUAUACACUCAGACACAUUACUGGGAGUAUUAUUGCUGUGGAGCUCUGUUAUACACUCAGACACAUUACUGGGAGUAUUAUUGCUAUGGUGCUCUGUUAUACAAUCUGACAUGGCAUUUGGAUUAAACAAAAAAAAGAGGAAAAGAGGGACUUGAGCCCAAAAUAGUGACUGUCCUUCCAAUUCAGGGACACUUGGGAGGUAUGUCAUUGUGUUAUUUUUUUUUAUUUUUUUUUAAAGAUUCAUGGAACUGACUUUCUGCCAAAAUGGUAGAAUCUAAUACAAGAGUAAAGUAUUCUACUGAAUACAUUGUUUGCAAGAGAUAAAACAGUUUUAUAAGUAAGCAAUGGGGAAAAAAAAUCACAGAAUUAGUUAAUUGCUGAUAAUGAUAGAUUGAUAAUGAGGGAUUGAUAAAGGUGGAUUAAUAAUGAUGGAUUAAUAAUGAGGGUUAAUAGCAAUUGAUUAAUAAUGAAGGGUUUAUAACAAGGGGUUAAAAACAAUGGAUUAAUAACGAGGGGUUAAUAACAAUGGAUUAAUAAUGAGGGGUUAAUAAUGGGGGGUUAAUAACGGGUUAAUGAUGAGGGGUUAAUAACGAGGGGUUAAUAACGAAAGAUUAAGAACGAUGGAUUAAUAACGAGUGGUUUAUAAUGAGGGGUUAAUAACGAGGCAUUAAUAACGAUGGAUUAAUAACGAGGGGUUAAUAAAGAUGGGUUAAUAACGAUAAAUUAAUAAUGAGGGGUUAAUAACGAGGGGCUAAUAACAAUGGAUUAAUAACGAGGGGUUAAUAAUAAGGGGUUAAUAAUGAGAGAUUAAUAAUGAUGACUUAAUAACGAGGGGUUAAUAACGAGGGGUUAAUAAUAAGGGGUUAAGAACAAGGGAUUAAUAACGGAUUAAUAACGAUGGAUUAAUAAUGAGGGAUUAAUAACGAGAGGUUAAUAACAAUGGAUUAAUAACGAGGGUUAAUAAUAAGGGGUUAAUAACGAGGGGACUUAAUAACGAUGGAGUCAUAAUUAAGGAGUGAUCCUGUUUUCUUUUUUCAUAUGGUUUACUUUUAACAUCCAUGUUUGACUUUUGAUAAUUCCCAGCCAGAUCUAGCGCUUUUUAAUCGACUGAUAAGGAUAUUAUUUGCUAAUUACCCAUAUUUUCUGUUCUCCAGACUGCAGGUCGUACUAUCCUCCUCCCCAAACCGUCAAGGAAUUGCUAAAGCACAAACGCAAGACAAACCAGGUAACAUUUAGGGAUAUGGGGGUCGGGUCUUUCCUCUUUUCCAACUUGACACAGACCUGUUUAUUUACUAAAAUAUGAAUUGUACGGAAUUCAAAGUGAAUCAUUUUAGGUCAAAAUAACUGAAUUUUAUCAAUUUGGCUAUUUCAGAUUAGAGAUUUUCCCAUACGUUUAUCCUUAAGCAUAGGAAAUGGUAAAAAAAAAAUAAAAUAAUAAUAAUUUACUAUUAAUGAGCUGCAGACCUGCAGUGGAUUGAAAUUCCAUCAGACAAUAGCUGAAGCCUUGCUGACUUGUAGAAUAUUCCAAGUAUAGUGAUCGUGGCCUAAAAUGUGAAACUUACUUUGAAUGAUUGAUAAUUGUGAAUAGCCCUGUCUCUGCAUGGAAUACACUCUUUGCGAUAUGAUCGUUAGCUGAUUACAGACAGCCAAGUUACAGUAUAUGUAAAUAGAAUUAUUUAAAACAUGUUAUUUUAAGCAUGGACACGUUUUGUUUAUUCACUCUAUUCACCCCAACAUUGCUGAAUUGUCUCAAUUUAUUUUGCAGGUUUCUCCACCUCUCCGAGAGUUUAACCAAGAUUCAGGUUGGUAGGGGCGAUGUUUACCGUCUUUCUCACUUUAUAUUUUAUUCAUUAAUCAUAUCACGAUUGGUACUUUCUGCUUCCUAUCUUCCUUUUACCCAUUACAUAUAACUGGCUCAGACCCAGCGAGGCCCAACUCCAUGCAUAUUACAUUAGUGUCUCUGGAGAACUGCCCGACUUACCAACAGAAAAUAAACACUUUAACUCUUUCCAGGCUAUGCUGCAUCUCUGGGGUAUAUUUUAUCAGUUAUUUUAGGGAAAGUAUGUCUUUCAGCUCAAUCUCCAGCUUCCCGUGAUACAGGAACUAAUAUCACAGAGUAGGGUUUACCAGCUAGACCACAGCAGCAAGAUCUAACAGAGAAUGUCUACUUACAUUAAGCAACACUGGCAUUUAUUUAAAGACAUACUUCCUUUUUAACUGAGAGAUGUUUCCCAAACCAGUUCUCAAGACCCACCAACAGUCCAGGUUUUGUCAGCAUCUCUAUUGGAAUAAAACAAGAAAAUACAUAAAUCCUGGAUUGUUGGUGGGCCAUGUGGACUGGUUUGGGCACCACUGGUCUAGAAAGCUAUAAAACAAUGGCAAACCAUUUAAACUGUUGAUUGAGAGAGUGUUUUCUUGUUUUUGUUGGAAGAGCUCAGUCCUUAAAGUUCUGUCUUUUUAAAGGUGCCAGUAGUUCCACCUCAUUUGCCCACCAUCCUGCCAGCCAACAAGAUGCCACUCAGCUAUACACGAGACCUACACCCCAAUAUCCAUACACUGUUCCUGAAAGUUAUUACACCCCAGGAACAGGGGUCCUGUUUGGUCAAAAUGAGGCAUUCGAAAGAACCAGCAACGAAACACAAAGCCUGGACACAAGUCUUGGGGUAAGAUGUUUGGGCAGAUUGUUCUUAUGGUUUUGAAACUAAAGAACAGGCAGAUCCCCAGAUGAAUUCUGUAUCUGCAUUUGAAUUUAUAAUAGCAUCAAAUUGUUUAAGGGAAUCAGAAUUGGAUUUUAUUAAUUAGUUGAAUUCUCUCAUGUAUUCACGAGAUGUCCAUGAAUAUCUCCAGGUGAGCUAAAGUCUACAAGGUGCAGUUUCCCCGUCCAUUUAACCGCAAUGUAAAACAAUGAUGUUUUUUAGAAACUGCUACAUUGCAGGCUUAGGUCCACCUCUAUGAGGAGCAUUGGAUUUGACAUUGGCAGAAGAUGCCAUGCCUCUUCUGUGAUUUUGCAGGAAGUGGUGAGGUGAGCAGAGCAGAGGCAGGCUUGGGAAAAGGUGAGUAAAUCUUUUAAAACACCUGGUGCAGGGUUCUGAAAACAAAUAGGGGCCGGGACACUAUUGCAUUAAGAAUAUAGAUUUGUCAGAUUUGUCAUAUUUCUUUUAAAAGAAUAGCAAGAAAGGACAGCCUAAAGUUCCUAAAGCAGCAGUAAGGUUCUCAUCUGGCAAAGCAAUGUAAGAGUUGUAAUUCGGAAACGGCUACACUGUCUCUUAGAGUCACUGCAUAGAAUGUACUUUUAGGACUAAUGACUGCUCACAUCCUUUCUUUACAGCCAGACUCCGUGUCACCUGGAACCUACAUGUCCACCUUUCCCCAUGCCCCCUCCUGGCUGGGGCACCACGCAGGGCUUGGGCCAGAGUCCGGAUCGGAGUAUUUCCUGAGGAUGGCGGGCUGUGUAGUCCCUGACAUGAUUCCAAUGGAUCUGGAAGAGGCAAGAGCCGAAAUUCAAAAUGUGAGCCUUGAACAGCUCCUGCGUGGGGACGAGGAUGGAGAUACGUGAGUGUUGGGAAGGGAGGAUAUAGAUCAGUCAGCUGCCUACAAAUCUUUCCUAUUCUAAGACAUUAUUCCCUUUAGCUGUGAUUAAGACCCACAUUAUAUGCAUCGUAAACAGAGAAAGGAUUGGGCAGGAUAUUGCUUUGCUGCGGGUUGAUUUAGAUAGAUUGGGGGACUGGGCAGAUUAAAUUUAAUGUAGAAAAAUGCAAAGUCAUGCACUUCUGGUAAAGAAUGCACAAGCAACUUACAUCCUAAAUGGUAGUGAAUUAGGGAUAACACAUGAGAAGGACUUGGGAAUUGUUAUAGACAACAAACUAUGCAACAAUGUGCAAUGUCAAUCAGCAGUGGCUAAGGCCAGUAAGGUUUUGUCAUGCAUUAAAAAGGGCAUUCAUUCUCGGGAUGAAAAUAUCACAUUGCCUGUUUAUAAAUCGCUGGUAAACCACAUAUUGAAUAUGCUGUGCAAUUUUGGGCAACUGUUCUAAAGAAGGAUAUUAUGGCACUAGAAAAGGUGCAGAGGUGGGCUAAAAAAUUAAUAAAAGGAAUGGAACAUAUCGGCUAUGAAGAAAGGUUAACAAAUUUAAACCUAUUUAGUUUAGAAAAACGUCGCCUGAGAGGGGAUAUGAUAACAUUAUACAAAUAUAUUCGGGGCCAAUACAAACCAUUGUGUGGAAAUCUAUUCACAAACCGGACUUUACAUAGGACACGAGGCCAUGCGUUUAGACUGGAAGAAAGAAGAUUUUGCCUAAGGCAAAGGAAAGGUUUUUUACAAUAAGGUCUUAUCAGAGUCUAUACAAUAAAUACUUGCAAAAACAUAAUAUACAGGGAUACACUUUUUACUUAGUGGGUAAUACCGUGUUGAUCCAAUGAGAUCCAAUGACUGCCAUUCUGGGGUCAAGAAGGAUUUUAUUUUCUAAUUCGUUGCAAAACUGGAAGUGCUUCAAAUUGUUUUUAUUUUUACCUUAUUUUGGAUCAACAGCAAAAACCUGUGUGAGGAAGGCUGAACUUGUCUCUUUUUAGCCUAUGUGACUAUGUAAUAAAGAUGUAUCUCAAUGGAGCCUUUGGCAUGUGACCACAUUAAUAUCACUACAUUCUGCCACUGACACAUUGUAUUCCUCUGGCAUGUGGCGAGGCCCCCUACAUGCCAUGGCUGUAAGUUAGUAAGCUGGUUGCCUAGUGGUCAGACUGUCCCGAGAAUGUGGUAAUUUCUUACUGAUGUUCUCCCACUUGCAGGAUCCUACAUAUUUAUGUGGCAAAAGGCCUAAGGAGUUUGUCAUACGCGGUGGCAGAACGUUACCAGCAGUACAGCCAGCUCGACGCCAAGGAGCACAAUGGGAAGGUAAUGGACUGAAGGAAACUUGGCAAAGAUGUCAGGCACCACCCAAUGCUUUAUACCAGAGGAACAAUACGUAGGCCCUGUGGACCUCGUCCUUCCAUUACAUUCAUUGCAUUAACCCUUCGCAAUAUGCACCCUACAUGUCCAGCUGCCUCACAGCCGAAGGGGGUGCUAGAAUCUGCCACAAAUCUGUCUCUCUCUGGUUAUACAGGGAUCCAUGCUGGUUUUCAUUUUAAUUUUGGACCAUUCACAGAUUUUAUUGGCAAUACGGGGCUCAUUCCUUACAUCAGCGAGCAUUCGUCACUGAAAGGGUGACAUUCUGUAGUCUGUUUGGAAACUGUCAGGACUGUGCAAUGUGAGCGAAUCGGAAAGUUCUUAGAUUUCAGAACAUUCUUAUAUCCUCACUAUCACAGACCAGGAAGUAGACGCACGUAAAUUGCGCUAUUUGGAAACAUUGUGCAGGCUCCUACCUCGUUCUUGUGACAUUCAGCCACAAACGGAAACUUUCUGAGCUUUUAGCGGUGGCUUCCUCUCACAGAUCCAUUACACGCUGAAUAAUAUAUCCGUGUGACAGGGGCCGGUGAUAAAGGGUUUAUUCACUAAAUUAUAAAUUAUGGUCCCCUAACGGCUGAGCUGUAAUCAGAACCUGAGCUGAAAAUCAUCCCCAGAUCUGACUUUGUGAAAUUACAAAAUAACCAAGAACAGUGUUCAUCGAAUUCCAGACAAAAUAGUGUCUUAGUAGAUAUUACAUGAACCUCACAUAAAGACAGCUCGAUAUAUGGGUGUGACAGUUUGGGGUGUAAUUCACUAUAUUGGGGUUAAUAUGAUAUAAUAUAAACUGUAAUAAUACAAUGAGCUGUAAUAAUACACUGAGCUGCAAUAAUACAAUAAUCUGUAAUAGUACACUGAGCUGUAAUAAUACAAUAAGCUGUAAUAAUACACUGAGCUGUAAUAAUACAAUACGCUGCAAUAAUACACUGAGCUUUUAUAAUACAAUGAGCUGUAAUAAUACACUGAGCUGCAAUAAUACAAUAAGCUGUAAUAAUACACUGAGCUGUAAUAAUACAAUAAGCUGUAAUAAUACACUGAGCUGCAAUAAUACAAUACGCUGCAAUAAUACAAUGAGCUGCAAUAAUACAAUGAGCUGCAAUAAUACAGUGAGCUGUAAUAAUACAAGAAGCUGUAAUAAAGCAAUGAGCUGUAAUAACGCAAUAAGCUGUAAUGAUACAAUAAGCUGUAUUAAUACAGUGAACUUUUAUAAUACAUCGAGUUGUAAUAAUGCAAUGAGCUAUAAUAAUAUGAUACGCUUUAAUAAUAUAAGAUUUAAUACAUUGAGCUAUAAUGUUACGUUAAGCUUACGUUAAAAUAAAUUGUAACAACAUGAUAAACUGUAAUAAUGAGCUGUUAUACUAUGAGCUUCCUGUUUGAAUGAUCUAAUCGUUAAUUGUUCUGCAGUCUCCCUUGUUGGUCGCUGUAGCAGCCAAUCAGCCUCAGAUUGUCUAUGACCUCAUGAUGCUUGGAGCAGACGUGAACGCGUCCGACAAGAAAGGGCAGACCGUGCUGCACGUGGCUGGGACAUACGGACUGUGUGAUGUGUUGAGGGUAAAUGCAUUAUUAUUUUUUAUAAAGAGUUUAUUUAUGAGCUGAUUCAUUAAGCACUAUGUAAAAUCAAUCUUAGUAAAUAAUGGAAAUUGCAACGUGGGGGCAGAAACCCAUCGAACGGCAAAAACAUAUUAAGAUUUAUUCAUUAAACACAGAAUUAUAGUGAAUUGAAACAAAAUUGGUCAAUUUAGGCAACAAGUGCUAAUAUGGGUAAACCCUCACUCUAGUCACAGAUUGUGUGGAUUUCCAUUCUUUACAUUGGCUGGUAUUUCCUGGUGUAUCGAUGCUGGAUGUCUGUUUGUUGCAGAGUGCGUCUCGCUGGUUUCUGAUAUCCAUUAAGAACCCGCAUUUUAUACUGAAACACUCUCGCUUUCUCUAUAUUCCAGGUUUUUAUGUCUCUUCAGAAUCAGCAGAAAUUUGACAUUGAGGCCAGAAAUUAUGAUGGUAAUUUAAUCACCAGGAAUCUGCCCUUUCUGUGCUGGCACUGGGGGUAACUGGGAUUACUGCCCAUAAUAGGGGUAACUGGGAUUACUGCCCAUACCGGGGGUAACUGGGAUUACUGCCCAUACCGGGGGUAACUGGGAUUACUGCCCAUACUGGGGGUAACUGGGAUUACUGCCCAUACCUGGGGUAACUGGGAUUACUGCCCAUAGCAGGGGUAACUGGGAUUACUGCCCAUAGCAGGGGUAACUGGGAUUACUGCCCAUACUGGGGGUAACUGGGAUUAUUGCCCAUACUGGGGGUAACUGGGAUUAUUGCCCAUACUGGGGGUAACUGGGAUUACUGCCCAUACCGGGGGUAACUGGGAUUACUGCCCAUACCUGGGGUAACUGGGAUUACUGCCCAUACCUGGGGUAAUCUGGGAUUACUGCCCAUACCGGAGGUAACUGGGAUUACUGCCCAUACCGGGGGUAACUGGUAUUACUGCCCAUACCGGGGGUAACUGGUAUUACUGCCCAUACUGGGGAUAACUGGUAUUACUGCCCAUACCGGGGGUAACUGCCCAUAUUGGGGUUAUCUGGGAUUACUGCCCAUACCGGAGGUAACUGGGAUUACUGCCCAUACCGGGGGUAACUGAGAUUACUGCCCAUACUGGGGAUAACUGGUAUUACUGCCCAUACCGGGGGUAACUGGUAUUACUGCCCUUACCGGGGGUAACUGGGAUUACUGCCCAUAUUGGGGUUAUCUGGGAUUACUGCCCAUACCGGAGGUAACUGGGAUUACUGCCCAUACUGGGGGUAACUGGGAUUACUGCCCAUACCGGGGGUAACUGGUAUUACUGCCCUUACCGGGGGUAACUGGGAUUACUGCCCAUAUUGGGGUAACUGGGAUUACUGCCCAUACUGGGGGUAACUGGGAUUACUGCCCAUACCAGGGGUAACUGGGUACAUACUGGGGGUAACUGGGAUUAGUGCCCAUACUGGAGGUAACUGGGAUUAGUGCCCAUACCAGGGGUAACUGGAUACAUACUGGGGUUAGUGCCCAUACUGGAGGUAACUGAGAUUAGUGCCCAUACCGGGGGUAACUGGGUACAUACCGGGGGUAACUGGGAUUAGUGCCCAUACUGGAGGUAACUGGGAUUAGUGCCCAUACCAGGGGUAACAGGGUACAUACCGGGGAUAACUGGGAGUAGUGCCCAUACUGGAGGUAACUGGGAUUAGUGCCCAUACCAGGGGUAACUGGAUACAUACUGGGGUUAGUGCCCAUACUGGAGGUAACUGAGAUUAGUGCCCAUACCGGGGGUAACUGGGUACAUACCCGGGGUAACUGGGAUUAGUGCCCAUACUGGAGGUAACUGGGAUUAGUGCCCAUACCAGGGGUAACAGGGUACAUACCGGGGAUAACUGGGAGUAGUGCCCAUACUGGAGGUAACUGGGAUUACUGCCCAUACCGGAGGUAACUGGGAUUACUGCCCAUACCGGGGUUAACUGGGAUUACUGCCCAUACUGGGGCUAACUGGGAUUACUGCCCAUACUGGGGCUAACUGGGAUUACUGCCCAUACCGGGGGUAACUGGGAUUACUGCCCAUACUGGAGGUAACUGGGAUUACUGCCCAUACCGGGGGUAACUGGGAUUACUGCCCAUACUGGGGGUAACUGGGAUUACUGCCCAUACUGGGGGUAACUGGGAUUACUGCCCAUACUGGGGGUUAAUGGGAUUACUGCCCCAUACCAGGGGUAACUGGGUAACAGGGUACAUACUGGGGGUAACUGGGAUUACUGCCCAUACCGGGGGUAACUGGGAUUACUGCCCAUACUGGGGGUUAAUGGGAUUACUGCCCCAUACCAGGGGUAACUGGGUAACUGGGUACAUACUGGGGGUAACUGGGAUUAGUGCCCAUACUGAAGGUAACUGGGAUUAGUGCCCAUACCAGGGGUAACUGGGUACAUACCGGGGGUAACUGGGAUUAGUGCCCAUACUGGAGGUAACUGGGAUUACUGCCCAUACUGGAGGUAACUGGGAUUAGUGCCCAUACCGGGGGUAACUGGGUACAUACCGGGGGUAACUGGGAUUACUGCCCAUACUGGGGGUAACUGGGAUUACUGCCCAUACUGGGGGUAACUGGGAUUACUGCCCAUACCUGGGGUAACUGGGUACAUACUGGGGGUAGCUGGGGUUACUGCUGGUAUUGAUGGUGAUUGUUAAUUAUUCCUGGGGGUAACUGGUUGAUUCCACCCGGCAGGUCUGACCCCUCUUCACUGCGCAGUGAAUGCCCACAAUGCCGCCCACACCAGCCAGAUGAGCCAGCCCUCGCCUGAAAGUGAACAGCGAGAACGGGACACCCUGACUUGUAUUCAGCUCCUGCUGCAGCUCGGUGCCAGCUGUACCAGCCAGGUGAGAAUCUCUCUCUGUGGCACAGCUCAGUGCCAGCUGCCAGUGGAGAACGCCAUCCAUUAUUUGUUGUUCUGUAUCGAACGUCCCAUUACAGUGAGAGGAUAAAUCGUGCUGUUUCUCUGCCAAUACACAGGGCUGCCCUCUGUGGCACAUCACCAGGGGCUAUUAGACUGAGCGCCAUGUAAUCUCUAACUUCCAGGGCAAAAGCUGAUAAUGUAUCGAACGAGCGGAGAUACAUAUAUUAUCUAUAGAACUAUAGACUGUCACAGCGAAAACGAUAAAAUUACUGUUUGAUAAUUCCAGGGUGUUGUUUAUUAGCGCUCUAUCGUGAAUUUACAAUGAUUAACUAAAGAUCUAUUGGGAUCUAUUACGUUUGGGCUCUGUUGCAAUGAUUAAAUAAAGAUCUAUUGGGAUCUAUUACAUUUGGGCUCUGUUUCAAUGAUUAAAUAAAGAUAUUUUGGGAUCUAUUACGUUUGGGCUCUGUUUCAAUGAUGUGGAUUGCGGGCCAGUUGCUGAUCACUAUAGAUUCUGUCUGUAAUCUUAGCGAGUGGCGGCUCCCACCCAGCUGAUGUUAACGGUUCCUACUUACCAACUAGUGUCUAACCCUGGCCUCCAUUUCAUUCAAUCUGCUAAAAAAACACAAAUAACCUUUGGUGAGUCUGUGGACAAAGGCAUGUCUACUCCCGUUAAUAUCUUUCAAAUCGCACCAUCCACUGUUCAUGGAUAGGAUCUGGGGAUUAUCAAUAGUUCCCUCCAUCUAUUACAUUAAUACCCCCACCCACUGCCCUUUAUCCUUAUUAACAUAGGCAUGCGCAGCCUAUUGCAUUAGGGUGUGCACCCUAAAGCACAAACACACACACACAUUUAUAUAUAUAUAUAUACACACACAUACAUACACUGCUGUGUGCUGUGUGUGUAAGGGUGGUGUGUGUGUGUGUGUGGGUGCUGUUAGUAUGAUGUGUGUGUGAGGGUGCUGGUAGUGUGCUAUGUGGGUGAGGGUGUUUGUGUGUGUGUGAGGGUACUGUUAGUGUGCUGUGUGUGAGGGUGCUGUAUGUUAGUGUGCUGUGUGAGAGUGCUGUUUGUGUGAUGUGUGUGUGAGGGUGCCGUUUGUGUGCUGUGUAUGAGUGUCGUGUAUUUGUGAGGGUGCUGUUAGUGUGCUGUGUGCGAGGGUGCUGUUUGUGUGUGAGGGUGCUGUUUGUGUGCUGUGUGUGUGAAGAUGAUGUGUGUGGGUGCUGUUUGUGUGUGGGUGCUGUUUGUGUGCUGUGUGUAUGAGGGUACUUUUCUUUAAUUAUUUUUCAUAUAGCCUGUAUAUGUUCUGCGGAAUCUGCAUUAAACUGUAUCUUCCGAACUACUGAACGGAUCUGGGUGAAUUUUGGAGUUAUUGCAUGUUUUGGGGUCCCUGUGAUAUGUUUUAUAAUACUGCAUUUCUCUGCCUGUGAUAAUUAUAUUAACUAUUGUGUUCAGUAAUCAUAUCACAGGCAGAGGGGAGGAUUUUGUGUGGGAGUGUCUGUGUGUAUUGUAUGGAUUGAUUGGUUGUAUUUCAAAACCCUGUGGGUAGUACUAUGUUUGUGAAUAAAAUAGGCUGUAUGUGCCAGUACAGUCAGUUCUUCUUCACCCUCAAUUUGGAGCGCCGUCUCUUAUUCGAGGAAUCUGCUACAAGGGAUUGCUAUGCUUGUCAUACUCGCUUGCUAAAUCACUACUAAACUCUUGUAAGAGCUUGUUCCUGUCCUUCUCUCUGAAGGAGUCUACGGUGGUUAUGGUGUCAGCUGGAGUGCUGGAAACCCUCAGGAAGCGCUAGGAGCAUCCUUCAACGGAGGUACCCAGUCAGGGUGCCCGUCGAUCCGUUACAUGUAUAUAUAUAUGUGUGUGUGUAUAUACAUAUAUAGUGUUCACACACACACUGACACAGACACACACAUAUAUAUACGUGUGCACACACAUACACAGACACACACAUAUAUAUAUAUAUACGCGUGCACACACACAUACACUCACAGACACACAUAGACAGACACACUCACAAAUUAUUUUUUUAAUUAAAAAAUGUCUACCCAGCCUCCCUACCUGGAGAGCUGGCGUGGACAUGUUCCUGGGGUGCAGUGGGUCGGGCACCUGUCUUCAUAUCACACGUGGCGAGGGAGCUGUGUGCUCUCUGCUCCCUCUCGCCGUGCGGGCUGUCUACUGUAGCUGGGAGCCGGAAUAUGACGUCAUACUCCAGCUUCCGUCAUCAAACAACGCACGGCGCAAGGGAGCAGAGAGCACACAGCUCCCUCACCGCGUCUGAUAUGGAGACAGGCGCCCGACGGGGGGGGGCCAUCAUCUCUUGGCACCCCCAUGACAAGAGAAUCACGGUGGGGGGGGGGCUGCAGGACUCAAUCCAUAGGCGUACCGCAGGGAUUAGGGUGUGCCCAGGCACACCAGGCACACCCCGUGCGCACGCCCAUGCUUAUUAAUGUAAUCAAUCCACUUAAAUAAAAGGCUUACCAUCAGCUGAUAAACUUCCAAUAAAGAGAAAUGUCUCUCAUCAAUGUGAUGCCUUUGUCUCUAAAGUUAAAGGGAUACUAUUGUCACCAAAACAAUUUUAGCUUAAUGUAGUAGUUAUGGUGUAUAGACCAUGCCCCAGCAGUCUUACUGCUCAGUUCUCUGCCAUUUAGGAAUUAAAUCUCUUUUGUUUCUGUUUAUGCAAAGCUAGCUACACCUCCCCUGGCUGUGACUCACACAGCCUGCAUGUAAAAAUGGUUUAAUUUUCAAUCAGAUGUUUACUUGCUUUAUAAGUUGUUGUUGUUGUUGUUUUCUCCUCCUCUGUAAAUGUAACUUUACUUGCACACAAGGCACCUGCAGGCUAUUAAUAGUGCAAGAGAUAAGAAAUUCUAAAUUAAAGGAACUGUAGAUGACUCUUUACGGGAAGUAUUUAGGAAGGCUGUGUAGGUCACAUGCAGAGAGGUGUGGCUAGGGCAGCAUAAAUAAAGUGAUUUAACUCCUAAGUGGCAGAGAAUUGAGCAGUGAGACUGCAGGAGCAUAAUCUAUACACCAAAACUGCUUCAUUAAGCUAAAGUUGUUUUGGUGACUACAGUGUUCCUUUAAGCAGCUGCCUUGUGCUUUCAGAAUCUAAAAUCUCUCUCUACCUGGUGGAAGCAUACAUAAUCAGAUAUAGAAACAUAGAAACAUAGAAACAUAGAAACAUAGAAACAUAGAAUGUGACGGCAGAUAAGAACCAUUCGGCCCAUCUAGUCUGCCCAAUUUUCUAAAUACUUUCAUUAGUCCCUAGCCUUAUCUUAUAGUUAGGAUAGCCUUAUGCCUAUCCCACGCAUGCUUAAACUCCUUUACUGUGUUAACCUCUACCACUUCAGCUGGAAGGCUAUUCCAUGCAUCCACUACCCUCUCAGUAAAGUAAUACUUCCUGAUAUUAUUUUUAAACCUUUGUCCCUCUAAUUUAAGACUAUGUCCUCUUGUUGUGGUAGUUUUUCUUCUUUUAAAUAUAGUCUCCUCCUUUACUGUGUUGAUUCCCUUUAUAUAUGUAAAUGUUUCUAUCAUAUCCCCCCUGUCUCGUCUUUCCUCCAAGCUAUACAUGUUAAGAUCCUUUAACCUUUCCUGGUAAGUUUUAUCCCGCAAUCCAUGAACCAGUUUAGUAGCCCUUCUCUGAACCCUCUCUAAGGUAUCAAUAUCCUUCUGAAGGCAUUACAUUCCAUCCCUAAAGCACAUAUCAAACCAUAUUCAAUACAGUAAUACAAUUAAGCAAGAGGGAGAAAAAAAUAUAUAUAUUUUCCAGGCAAAAAUAAUAGAAUAUUUGUUUAUGUUAUCUUUAUUUAUGUCUAAUUAAAACCAUGUGUGUUAGAGAAAGGACGCAAUACACAACCCGUGCUGUCACUGACUCCCAGUCUCUCCCGCAGGAUAUAAAGAGCAAUAAGACUGUCAUCCAUCUGGCUGUGCAAGCUGGGAACAUCCCGCUGGUUAAAUUCCUCCUGGACCUGCCUCAUCCCGACCUUCCUGGGCUCAUCAACAUGAAGGUGAUACUCGUUACUCUCCUGCCAGCACCGUGUGGCAUUUUGCUGUUGUUUGGGUCAGUUUAUCACUUCCUACUUUCUCUUCCAGGCUCACGGAAACACCGCUCUGCACAUGGCAGCAGCCCUUCCCCCGCUGGCGUCCACCGAAUACCUCAUCCAACUACUGCUGUUCUCAGGAGCUGACCCGAGCACCCGGAACCUGGAGAACGAGCAGCCUGCUCACCUGGUGCCCCCCGGAGAGUUUUCCGAGCAGGUAACCUUACAUACAUUACCAAAGGUUUGUUUUGGGGAGGGAGGUAUUGAGAAGUGAUCUGUAGAUAUGCCCAGAGCUCUAGCGUGGUCUUCUUCUUAGAAAGAUGCUUUAAUCAUUUUUUAAAAAGUAAUGCAAAAAAAAAGUACAAUUUAAUCUAAUUGUCAGAAUGUAAGUAUUCUCACACGGGACUUAUCCAGGUUUAGUUUUAUUAUCACAGCAGCCUCUGGCAAAAAAAACAACCUACGCUGGGGCCCCCAAUACUACUUAUUAUUAUUAUUAUUAUUAUUAUUAGUAUUAAAAAUUAUCUCACCCAGUAGCUUUAUAUAAAGUGGGAAGCUGCAUUUAGCUCUAAAUAGCUCUUUAUAAGAGGCUGGCAUCUAAGCAGUUACAAUUUUUGCUUCCACUGCAAAAGACACCCCAGAUAGUGACCUUAAAGGGAUACUGUAGUGGAAAGCUGUAUUCCUGGCACUAUCACUCCACCUGCUUCCCCCUCCCUCGCACCCUCCCCCAGGUAAAUAAAGAGUUAAAAAUCUUUUAUUUACUUACCUUACCCCAGCGCCAAUGUCCCUCUGCGCUGGGUCCUGGCUCCGCCCCCUCCUCCGCCCCGCAACGAGUGGGAGCAAAUGUUGCGCGUGCAUUAGACCUCCCCAUAGGAAAGCAUUGAAUCAUCACACCUAUGGGGAAAAAUCUGACGCUGGAGGUCUUCAUGCAGAGCGUGAGGACGUCCAGCAUCAGAUACCGGACCAAAAGUCCAUUUCAAUUCAGGAAGCCCUCUGAAUUGGAGGGCAGACUUCCAUAGUUUCUAUGGAACUGCAAAGUUUAACAUGGCAGCACUAAGUGCAAAAGGGACAGUACACCCAAACCACUUAAAUUAGCUGAAGUGAUCUGGGUGCCUACAGUGUCCCUUUAAUACAACAAGAAUGGAGAGCAUGUAAUAAGCAACUGAAUUCUAGGUGGUAAAGGGACACUCUUCUCUCAAACUCUUUUUUUAAAUCACUAUUUAGUAGAUAUACCACCAAUGAAAACAUGCAGGGUUGAGGGGGGUUGGGGUGGCGGAAUGGAGCAGGCCAGCCAUUUGAUAUAAACGAUUAAAUAUUUAACCAAAAUUCUAACAGCCAGAUUAUUAAAAACAUGUAACAGUACAAACAAUGACAGUAAACGCUAUGUAACAAUAGUGGCAUCAUUAUAGUAAAAUAAUAAUUUAGUAACAAAAUGAAAGAAGAAGUCCAGCUGAAUAUCUUCUGCAUCUGUUUGCACAUAGAGCAUGUCCGCAAGAUAAAGUACUUUAUGGGUCUGGAGUGUCCCUUUUUUUCCUUUUAAUGAUUAUGUUGUGUCCAAUAAUUAUCCACAGCUGAAUUAAAUUAAAAUCACUUGAAUGAUAUAUAGAUGUAGAAAUAAAACAUUAUUUAUAAGUCCCUAAAUAGUACAUGGUUGUCGUGUUACAUUCUUCAAACACCCUCCCCCCCCCCCAUUUCACACAUCUUCCCUGCUUUUUAGGUUUCCGAAACAUUCCUGUAUUUAUUUUAAAGAGCUAUGUAUGGUUUUUAAUCUCUCUAACAUCCAGAACAUGUUCUAAUUCUGUCCUCAGAUAAAGCUCUUGUUGAAGCGUAGACGUGUCAUGUCCUCUGCCCGCCACCAAUCCACAUCUUCCUUAUAGGAACAGCGCAGACCUGGACUACUUUUCUAGUCCCCAAGUCAAGAUCCUUCCACCAGCGGAAGGAGAGUGUAUCUCCACAUGGAGCGUCUAGUCCCCAUGGUUUGAUUUAAAAUAACGACAAACCCUUUGCCGAACCUGACCUCGCUGAUAACUCCUACCACUUACUGUAUUGUUCCUGGUUUCUGUGAAACUUUUAACCCCAACACCAACUGAUUGCCAGCAUAUCAUCGUUUUCAUAGCCAGAAUCCCAGAUUACCCCAAAACGAUCCCAGAUUUCUUCAAAGAGCAUCUUACCAAGUCAAGAUGAGCUGGGUUUGGACUGGCAGGAUUCCUGGGCUUGGUCUGAAUAUAUCCGAGUGCUGAUACUGCUUGGGUAUAAUCACCUGGGCUCCUGUCAGAAGCGAAAUUCGGCAGGAUAGAUCAUUAUGUGGGAUUAAAUUGGCCACGUUGAUUGGCUUCAGUCAUUCUGUAAUUAAAAUGAAUUAUCCAGUAACUACGCUCAUCCGGUUGAAAGGUUCUUGUGAGGAGCUCAUGGAUUCGGCAUUCUUUUUCCAGGCAUUAAAAAUGUUGCCCAUGAGUCCAGACAAUAAUCUCCCAGUGUGAAACCAGUUCAUUAGUCUUUUGCAGGACCACAAAGUGACUGUCUGGAUUAGAAAACUGAUGUCACAUUGGAAGUGAAUAAAUUCUGCACGUGCUGGGCAGCUCCUACAUAACCUGCUUGACAGAGUGUAGGAUUGAUAAGAAUCCUUCAGAACCCUUCACAGAGCUGGGACCGCCUUCUCCAGGGCACUAACGUUUCCUGCAACCCGCAUCAUGGCUGGGGUUAUUUGGCAGACUGAUUAAAUUAAAAUAAGCAAUGCUCCAGAGUAAUAUAGAGAUUACAUUAAAUGGAGGUAACGGGACACAGAACCCACCCAUUAGUCAAUCCAGCCCCAUACAAUAUACAAAAUACAGGCAUUUUAUUUGGGGAUUUGUUUAUCAUUAAACAGUAUAUUGUGGAAAAUUGACAGUAAAAUUGCAAAAUAUAUUCCAAAAUUCCUCCGCUGUAAAAGUACCUGAUUUAAGCAAUUUUACCACUUUGCUCACUUUUACCUGACAUUUGCAAAUUGGUUAAUUUUCUGUCAAUUUUUUGACCUGUUCAGUAAAUAAACAACUUUCCAACUCAAGACUUAGAUAAGUAGAUUAGCUGCAUGUUUACUCAGAAUCCCAUCAAUCACAGCCACUCCUAUACAAGGAGGACACAGACCUCCCACCCCCUCCCCAGCAUUUAAAAA